AUGUCGCAAACAAAUAUUGAUCCCGAACUUCUUAUUACACUAAUUGAAAUUAGGCCUAUAUUAUGGGAUAAAACGCUGGAAAAUUAUAAAGAUAACAACUUGCGAACUGCAGCAUGGCGCGAAGUUUGCAUUGUUUUGAGAGAAGACUUUCAAGAACUUGAGGAAAAAGAAAGACAAAGCUAUGCUAAAAUGGUCGUUAAAAAAUGGAAUCAGAUAAGAGACAGCUGGAAGAGGAGUUUAAAUGCGAAAAAGAAAAUAAAUAAAUCUGGAUCUGCUGCAGUUAAUACCAAAAAAUACUGUUAUCACGACCAGUUGUUGUUUUUAAAAAAAAAUAUGGAUCCGGCUGAAACACAAGACAGUGGCGGUAACAAAGCUGCAGAUAUUGAAGAGGGUGAUACGGAAAAUCCUAUCCAAAAUGAAGAAAGUGAAAAUGAACCUAUUAUCGGAAGUCCAGGACAAGAAAAUCCUGCAGGUGGUGCUAAACGACUUAAGAGAAGUGUACUACCAAGGCAGAGACUUUCUGUAAUGGAUCAAAAAAUGGCGAGUUUCAUUGAUCACCAGAUGAAAAGUCAGCCGAAUACGCAGAAUGAAGAUCGUAACUUGUCAUUUUUUAAAAGUUUACUUCCUACACUAGCUUCACUCAACGAUGAUCAAAUAUUACAAUUUCAAGCAGGUGUUAUAAGUUUGUUGCAAAAUAUAAAAAGCCGCAAUUUUAACCAAUGGUCCUCUCAACAACCAUCUACUUUUAACAACUCUUAUCAAUCAGCAGGUUAUUUCACACCGCAUUACAGCGUUCAGUCAUCGCCAUCUGCACAAUCAGUUGAAUCGCAGAGCUCUGAUUUUCCGGAUUUCACUAAUAUUUAAUUAAUAUUAACGAUCAUCUUGUGAAAAUAUCAUACAUACAUAACUUAUUGUGUUUGGUAAUAAAUAUUAAACUUUAAAUAUGUAUUUCAUUCUUACCUUAAACAUAUUGCUAACUUUUCUUCAGGUGUGAUGCUUUUUCUCAUAUU